AGAGUGUUGUGAGCAAAGCGAGUUCGAAUCCAAUGCACAUGCUCAGACUGCGGGGCCAUACAUCGCAUGCUACGAACAAAGCGAAUGUCCUUGCUAGCUACGGAUGAUAACGUCGAAUUUGCUUUAGCUACAUAUAUAAGUAACAAUACCCAGUAUUAUUGGAGUUACACCUUCGUGUUAAGUGUGUGUUCGGUUCCUGAUUAUGUCAACAGCUGACGAUUCACGUUACUACAACGAUCACGAUGACAGAGUUGGAGGACAAACGUUUCGCAACCGCAAAGGCAGGGGCCCUUUCAGGGCCCAUAUGUAUAGUGACCAGGGGCCAGGAGGACCAGGGACAAGACCAAGACAUCGUGGUGGCCAAAAAGGCAGUGGCGGCCCGGGACCCAGAGCGAGAUUCGACGAUGAGGAUGGAGACGUGGCAAUGACGGACAGCAAUUCCCAAGAUGGGUCCUCCCAACACAGAUUUAACCCUUAUGGAAGGCCGAAUCGCCGUGGUGACGACCGCUUUGACCGUGGCUGCAGAGGUGGUGGUGGAGGAGGUCACAGGGGUCGUGGUAAUAACAGAGGAGGGGAUGGAGGUGGAGAUGGCCGCAAGACGUGGUUCAAGAUGUUUGUCCCCUAUGGAAAGAAAUAUGACAAAGACUGGCUGAUAACAGCUCUGCGGAAUAUCUGCCCCAUGCCCUUCACCCCAUUACAUUACCAAGUAGAGGGCAACCGAGCACAGUUCUAUAUUGACGAUUACUCCACUGCGAAUGCCUUGUUAAAGGUAUCACGGAAGAUCACAGACAAAGAAGGCUACAAGGUGACUGUACUGAUGAAUCCCUGUCCUCCACCCUCCUUUCUUCAGUCUGAACUAAAGCCAGCUGAUCUGGAGCACCUAAAGCAAUGCAUGGCUAAACGCUUUGAUGGCUCUCAACAAGCCCUGGACUUGAACAACAUCCGGAUAGACCCAGACCUGGUUUCCCAGAACAUUGAUGUGACGUUGAACAGAAAGAACUCCAUGCACGCUGUUAUUAAGAUAAUUGAGGAGAACAUUCCAGAGCUUGUUUGUCUAAACAUCAGCAACAACAAGCUGUUUAGGCUGGAUGACCUGUCAGAGCUGGUCAACAAGGUUCCAAACCUGAAGACACUCAAUCUUUCUCAUAACGAGUUAAAGACAGAGCGGGAGCUGGAUAGGAUCAAGGGUCUUAAGCUGGUGGAGCUAUGGCUGGAGAAGAAUCCCCUUUGCGACCAUUUCAAGGACCAAGCUUCUUACAUCAGCACGGUGAGAGAAAGGUUCCCCCGGCUUCUCAAACUGGAUGGUCAGGAUCUCCCCCCUCCUAUAGUUUUUGAUGUGGAGGUGACUCCUGCUGCCCUUCCGCCCUGCAAGCCCAGCUACUUCUGCUCAGAAGAGAUCAAGACUCCCAUCCUUGCCUUCCUACAACAAUACUACAGUGUGUAUGACUCCGGGGACAGACAACCUUUGUUAGAUGCCUACCAUGAUGGAGCAACCUUCUCCUUGAGCAUGGCCAUCACCAUGCAGAACCCCUCCAGGUGCAGUCUUGGAGAUUACCAUAAAGACACUCGCAACCUAAAAAAGCUCAAAGAUCCCACCACACGAUUCCGCUUACUGAAGCACACCCGUCUGAAUGUGGUGGCUUUCCUGAACGAACUGCCUAAAACGCACCAUGACACUGCAUCUCUAAAUGUGGACGUCAACACCUUCACCAACACGUUACUGUCAUUCACAGUCACUGGAGUGUUCAAAGAAGUUGAAGGUAAAUCCCGAGACUCUGUCAGAGCUUUCUCUCGGGUGUUCAUCACAGUGCCGGCUGGAGGGACAAGUCUUUGCAUAGUUAACGACGAGCUUUUUGUCCGCAAUGCUACGACAGAGGAGAUCCGGCGGGCCUUUGUUGCACCCGCCCCCACCCCAUCCAGCAGCCCCGUCCCCACCCUCUCAGCCCCCCAGCAAGAGAUGCUCUCUGCCUUCUCUCUCAAGUCCGGCAUGAACCUGGAAUGGUCCCAGAAAUGCCUGCAGGACAAUGAGUGGGAUUUCAACCGAGCAGGGCAGGUCUACACAGACCUCAAGGCUCAUGGGAAGAUCCCAGAUGUCGCUUUCAUAAAGUGAAUAGGAAUGAUUGUGGAACUUUUUAAUUAUUGUCACUAUUGUUAUUUCCUUAUAUAAUUCCCCUCCAUGAUUACAAUAUAACAAGGAUAUCCUUCAUCUGUGUAAUUCUUAUAAUUAAACGUAUUCAAGUCUG